GCUGCACUACACUCAAGUGGGGAUGUCUACAGCGGAGAAGAAGAAGGAGAAGGAGAAGGGGGAGGGAACCACUUUGUCACAGGCUGCGAUGUAGAUUAACCUUUCAAUUAGUUGUUAUCAGGUCCUCUCCAUGUGUCGGCGCGGGAUCCUCAGCCUCCGUCUGAACGCGUCAAUUUCACGGAUAUGUCGCUGCACACUCACCCGUCGACGUCUCCACGGUCAUGACGAAGAGUCUUUCGAGGAGGCUUGCAAACUUGUGACGGUUUGUUUUGGAUUCGAUCAAGAUCACCUGUGGGUGGUCACUCCAGUUGAGGAACGUAUUAGUGCCAACUUUUCUUCACAUUGAAAAAAAACCCCUCGAAUGAUGGCUUGGAGCAUCACCCUAUGACCUCAUGAAGGAUGUGGAUCUAUCCAGUACUGGGCACAAGGGAAUCUUUAUGGAUCACGUUUUUGUGAGGGUAAUUGCUCAACCAUGGUAAAACUUGCUAACCCUCUUUACACGGAGUGGAUUCUUGAAGCAAUACAGAAAAUAAAACGUCAGAAGCAGAGGCCUUCAGAGGAGAGAAUUUGUCAUGCAGUGGCGACGUCGCACGGAUUGGACAAGAAGACAGUCCUGGAGCAGUUGGGAUUAAGUGUUCACGAUGGCUCUAUCCUCAAGGUUACAAAUAAAGGAAGCACUUCUUACAAGGACCCAGGAACUCCCGGGAGGGUUGGAUCAAUACUCCCUGCAAAAGCACCAGUGCUAGCACCCAAGGAAUCUAUAUGGAAUUCCAGCGAUCUCCGUUACAUUGAUUGGAAUAAGAUACUUAAGAGGGCCAUCGAGGGUCUGGAUGAUACUCACGGUUCCUCUCUGAAGAACAUCGAGAGGUAUCUGAGGAAUCAGGAGGACCUCUCUGAAAUCAUCGAUAACUCUGCUUUCAGGCAGAGGCUACGGCUGGCAGCCAAGAGGUCGGUGACCCAUGGCAGGCUGUUGAAAAAUGGUCCAAGGUAUAAGCUUAUCCGUGGUGGUGUUGAAGGAAAAGUGCCCAGGUGUCCAACUUUCUCCCCCUUGGUUCUGACAUCAGUGACACUCCUCCCACAUGAGCGAGACCAGCUUCGGGUUGACCCCAUCCCAAUAUGCAGUUUCUGUCUCGGAACGAAGGAGUCAAACCGGGACAAGUGGCCCGAGGAGCUGCUGUCGUGCUCUGACUGCGGGAGCAGUGGGCAUCCAUCCUGUCUCAAGUUUUCCCCGGAAUUAACCUCAAAUGUGAAGAGAUUACGCUGGCAGUGUAUCGAAUGCAAGACCUGCAGCUCUUGUCGAAUACAAGGCAAAAAUGCUGAUGAGAUGUUAUUCUGUGAUUCAUGUGAUCGGGGCUUUCACAUGGAAUGCUGUGACCCACCGCUUUCAAGAAUGCCAAAAGGAACCUGGGUCUGCCAGGUUUGCCGGCCAAAGGAGAACGAGAAAAAACUGCUGCACAAGAAAGCUGAUGAGAUCAAACGUCGAUAUGCGAAGCCAAUCGGACGGCCCAGGACUAAGCUCAAGCUACAAAUGUCUGUAACCAGUGGGGAUGGCUCCAUGGUAGCACUUGGAGGAAGGGGGUCACCUGGUAGGGGUCAAAAGAAUACCGUCUGUUCCACACCUUCAUCUGGUCAUGCAUCUGUGACGGACUCCAGAGACAGAUUGGCUGUUGCAGACCCCUUUUGUGCGGUCGACGCCACCCAAUUCACCACCUCCACUCCCACCGCCACUCCCCUCCUCACGCCCACCUCCACCCCAGCUACAUUUAGUGUUAACAAGAAAACGAAAGGGCUUAUUGAUGGGCUUUCCAAAUUUUUCACCCCCUCCCCUGUGGGCCGUCGCGCGCGAGUCGUCACUGACGCGUCUCACCACCAUUUGAGUCCUAGGGACGUCAGUCCACCCAAACAGUGCAAACCAGCAGAGUCGUUAACGUUUGCCUCUCAGACUUGUCAAAAGAGUGCCACGCUGGCUUCUGCACUAGCUCCUGCUCCCACGUCGCCAGGGUUUAGCCCCCCAUCACAGGUGUCUAGUAGCUCCACCUCUGCUAACUCGCCUCAGAGCUCCUCCAGCCAGUCUAGUGUUCCCUCCCUGAGUAGUCUCUGUAAUAGCAGCCAGCUUAAAGGACUUUUUGAUGGACUCUCACACAUUUACACGACUCAGGAACAGUCGCGGAAAAAGAGACCGCCGUCCUAUGCGCCACCUAAGCGCUCACAACCUAAUAAGGAGUCCAAAUCGACGCCCCGGCACCUUGGGAAAGAGCUAAAUAAUCAAAAUAAGUUGAACCCUGAAUCCGGGGGACUUAAUAGACCCAGAGGACACUCUUUUAAGUAUAUCAGCCACUUUAAACGUAACCCCUUCCUCAAAAAGCACAGGACGCUAGCCAGGCUGAGGUAUAAAGUGAGCCUCCAGAAGGGAGCGCCCUCGCCAGGAAAGGGAGACUUGACAGACGGAAGAAUUAAGCCUGAGAAUAAUCAUGGCCACAGUGAAGAGCUGCGAGUCAAGCGGGACGUCCCAGUCAGCCCUGCAGCCAUGUCCAGAGAUCACGUUACAGAGGAGGAUAUGGAGACAUUCACACGAGUCCAGGAACUUGCUGCCAAGAGAACUGGAUCAGCAACAAACACGGACUCCAUGCGUUGCCCAGCGCUCAUUGAAUUUGGGAAAUAUGAAAUACAAACCUGGUACUCCUCACCAUACCCUCCUGAGUAUUCAAGAUUACAAAAGCUUUAUCUGUGCGAGUUCUGCCUGAAGUACAUGAGAAGCAAAAACAUUCUGCAGAGACACACAAAGAAGUGUGGCUGGUUUCAGCCACCAGCCAAUGAAAUCUAUAGAAAGGACGACCUUUCCGUCUUUGAGGUUGAUGGAAAUGUCAGCAAACUCUUCUGCCAGAACCUCUGCCUGCUAGCCAAGCUUUUCCUGGACCACAAGACCUUAUAUUACGACGUGGAGCCGUUCCUCUUCUACAUCCUCACCAAGAAUGAUGAGAAAGGCUGUCAUCUUGUGGGCUACUUUUCAAAGGAAAAGCUUUGCCAGCAGAAGUACAAUGUCUCCUGCAUAAUGAUCAUGCCUCAGUACCAAAGGCAAGGAUUUGGAAGGUUCCUUAUUGAUUUCAGUUACCUGCUCUCAAGACAAGAAGGACAAGCGGGCUCCCCUGAGAAGCCGCUGUCAGACCUAGGUCGCUUAUCCUACCUGGCGUAUUGGAAAAGUGUCAUCUUGGAGUACCUUUAUAAGCACCCGGAUAAACACAUCAGUGUUAAAGGAAUCAGCAGGGCCACUGGGAUGUGUCCGCACGACAUCGCCGCCACUCUGCAGCAGCUGGGCAUGAUUGACAGACGGGACAGCAGGAUCGUGUUGGUGAGAAGAGAGCGUCUGAUACAGCGGCACAUGGAGAAGAUCAGGGCGUCUCCGCGCCUCUACGAGGUGGACCCCGAUGCCCUGGGCUGGACGCGCUCGGCGGCACUCAACACCGUCUUGUCUGAGGAGGAGAGAGAAGCAGAGAUGGACGCGGAGCGUCUGAAGGAGCAGGCCAGUUGCUGGGAGAAAGAGGAGAGAGGGAGCUACAUGAUGACUCACUGUAGCCGACAGCCUCUCACCAAAGUCCACUGCAAGGUUCCCUUCAGAACCUACGAGCGCCGCCCCGCGGCGCCCUGGUCCAGACGCGUCCAGCGGACACAGGAGUUGAGUGACGAUGAUGUGGAGGACGACGGCGACGAUGACGAGGAAUUCUUAGAUGGCUCAGCGCCCACUCUGACGAAGGCCCAUGCAGCGCUUGCAGCCAAGAGAAAGAGAAGCGUCAUGCUGAAGAAGAGAGGCAGAAAAAGGAAGAGGAUAAACAGCAGUGUGACGACCGAAACCAUCUCAGAAACCACCGAGGUUCUGAAUGAGCCCUUUGACAACUCUGACGACGAGCGUCCGAUGCCUUUGCUGCAGCGCACCUGCAGGGCGGGUGACAUGCAUGAAGAGGACGACGAGGACGACGACGAGGACGAUGAAGACGAGGAGGAGGAGGAGGAGGAUGAAGAGGAUAAGGCACAGAUGGUACCUGUGAAAAGGCGGCGAGGUCGCCCACGGCUGGAGAAGAAUGCACAGAAAUAUCACCACCGUUUCUGGAGUGCAGGCACGGAUGACCUUGGCAAGAGACCCGGGAGACCUCGACCAGUGAAGCGUAAAAAAGGCUGGCCCAAAGGUGUGAAGCGAGGUCCUCCUAAGUGGAGACUGAAGAAGGAGCGGAAGAUGGGAUUCAAGCUUAACCUUUACACUCCUCCUGAGACGCCGCUGGAGACUGAGCAGGUCCACCUUCAUCAUGACGGAGUAAAGACAGAACCAGACCAUGACGAUGUCAUUGAAAAUGAGACCAGCAGACCAGCCAGACACUCGGUGUGUCCAAAAGCACUGAGGAGGGUCUCCUCGGAGCCCCCCAGCCCAGCCGACUACCUCUCCCACAAGUCCAGCUCUUCGGAAGGAUCAGCGUCGGCUUCACCUGCGUGCUCACCUGCACCCUCACCUGCUGGCUCUCCUGAUGUGUCUCCUUUUGCAACGCCCAUUGCAAGAACGCCUCUUCCUCCGGACAGGAUUGAGCCUUUCAGGCCUCCUGUGAAUGAGCAGCUGGAACGUGAGCAUGAGCAGGAGUCUCCUUCCAAAGAGUUGAAGAACAGCACAGGGGGCGAGGAGGUGCCUGUUGUGGUUGAGGAACCGAAAAACGAGCAGAAUGCAAAAGAUGAGGAGCCAGCUGAGAAGGAGAGCAGUGAGACAACUGGUGUUUCUGAGAGCAAAGCAGAUUUGGAGCAAUGUUCAGGAGGCACAACCCCUUUUUUAGAGCCGACAGAAGUCAACCUGUCUGCUCCGAAUCCGUGUUCAUCUCCAGCAAGCGAAGAGGAAUCAGCUUCUGUUGUGGAGACUGAUCAUGCUGGUGUGUUGGAAGAAAAGUCUGAGGUGUUGCCGACUGAAACAGAAGCCUCCGUCACAGUGCAACAUGGAGAGGUUGCAUGCGAGUCUGAGAAGAGGAACCUUCCUUCCCCGACUACAGAACAUACACCGCCUCGGCCAGAAGAGAAGGUGUCAGUCAGUCCCACCAUGAGGGACGAUCCCCCGGUCUGUGCCAUGACUGACUCGGAAACCGUGCAGGCUGUGCAGUCCCUUACGCAGGAGAAUCGUCAAGAGGCCCUUUUCCGAGACUGCGUUGAGAACCAGGAACCCUGCCGCACCCUGCAGAGCUACACACGUGUCACCCAGAGCCCCCAUGUCACACCACUGGACGACUGUCCCCCAUCAGAUCACAGCAGCCCUUUAUCGUCGGCGCAGUCUCAUCCCAGCCAGUCAGUACGUUCUGUCAGUAGUCCGGCCGUGUCCAUCUUGGAGAGUAACUACACCCAAAUCAGCCCGGACCAGAGUGCCAUCUCAAUUCCGUCCCUGCACAACAUGGAGACCAGCCCGAUGAUGGACGUGCCGUCUGUGUCGGACCACUCUCAGCAGGUGGUGGACAGCGGCUUCAGUGAUCUGGGCAGCAUCGAAAGCACCACGGAGAACUACGAGAACCCGAGCAGCUAUGACUCCAGCAUCUGUGGGGCGGGACCCUCCCAGAACAGCUGCUCCUAUGGGGGCAUCCCCCCAAGCGGCCUGACCCAGAGCAGCUGCGCUGUCAGCCAGCAAAUGGUCAACCCUGCGAGCUGUGGCAUGAUUCAGCAAAACAGCCUGAGCUCGCCGCCUCACUGCAACGUCAAGUCUCCGCAGGGCUGCAUCGUGGUGGAGAGACCGCCCAGCAACAGCCAGCACACGCAGAGGAGCCAACACGGUUCCCACGGCAGGCAUGCUACACACAAUCAACACAGCCAACACAAUCAGCUCAGCCAGCAUGCUCAACACAAUCCCCACAACCAGCACAGCCACCACCCCAGCCACCACCUGCAGCACAAUCAGCUCAGCCAGCACAAUCAGCACCUGCAGCAGAACGUCCACAAUCAACACGGCCAACAGGACCCCAUGAGCCAGUGCACCAUCCCGCCCAGCUUCGCCACCACCAUGCAGCUGGCUGAUAUUCCCGAAUCGGGCAACGCCAACUUCAGCCUUUAUGAGCGGCUCAACCACCAAGGGGAGUACAGCGGCGGCCACUACACUCAGACCACCGGCCUGAGUCUGGCCAAGCUGCAGCAGUUCACCAACACCUUCAUUGAGCACCCGCGCUCGCUGCCAUUCAACCACUCCGCCUCCCACCCCAUCACCUCAUAUGCAAACAGCCCGUCGCUAUCUUCGCAGCACUCCGGCCUGGUGUCUCUAUCCCAGACUCCUCAUCGGGUGCCCAACCCACAGGUGCAGGCCACCAUGACCCCUCCCCCCAAUCUCAACUCCCCACCCCCCAUGAUGUUGCAGCGCAACAUGGGCAUCCCACCUUCGCAAAGAAUUCAGACUCAGAUGAGCUCCAAGAGUCACAUGUCGUCGCGCUCCAAGUCCGCCCCGCUGUCGCAUCACCAGCAGCAGAUGUAUGCGCGGCCGGCGCAGACCAUGGCCAUGCAGGCGCCGCCCCGGACGUUGGCCACCAUGCCGCGCAUGAAUAUGAGCGUGAACAUCAUGCCGGCUCCUGCCUACAACUCCAUGAACAUGCCCUCCCUCAACGGCUACAGCAUGAGCCAGCCCAUGAUGAACAGCGGCUACCACGGCAACCAUGCCUACAUGAACCAGUCCACCCAGUACUCUAUGCAGAUGGGCAUGAUGGGAACACAGCCAUAUCCCCAGCAGCCCAUGCAGGCGCCACAUGGCAACAUGGUGUACCCUCCAGCUGGUCACCAUGGUUACAUGAACACAAGCAUGCCCAAGCAAUCCCUGAAAGGGCCUUUCAUCAGGCGGUAAGGGGCCACCGGACCCCGCUGGUCCUCGCGCCCUCAGAGUCGCCCUGAUCCGGCCUUGUUUUUCUUUCUCUCUCUGUUUUUUUUUUUAUUUUAGUUUAUUGACUUAGAAACCAGCAGCAGCACUUGGAAAGAAUGCAAAAAUCUUCAUGGUUGACUGAACUUUGGAAGUAUUUUUGUUCCUCCAGAUGGGAAGCCUUACAUCGUUACGACGAGAAUCUAUUUAAUGAGUGUUAGUGUCUCUGACGUGUCUUUGCAGCAGGUUCAGGCGUAGAGACGUUGGUCAGCGAGCUCGCCAUCGUGUAGCAGCCUCAAAUGAAGCCAUUUAACGUGCCUGCUACGAAUGGCUGUCUGAACCUGUUCAGUGUCUCUGUCUAACAGUGCUGACAUUGAGUUUGUGCUAUACUCAUGCCUUUGUAUAUUUAAAUUAUUGUACUUAUUUUGUAAAGUGACAACUAGCAUGCUUCAGUCUCUGUUAGUGACAGUGCAUUGAGUAGUACUGUACAAGUGUCGUGCUUACUAGCAAGCCAUUUGAAAGCUGUCUGGCCUUUAUUAGGGUUCCCUCCACAAGGGAGAAAGAUGAAUCUAUAUUUUGUUAAUUUUAAUAAUGUAAAAACAAACCAACAAACAAUGUAACGGAGUCCUGUUUUCUGUUCUGUUGGAGAGGUUUUAUUGCUAUGUAUGUAUAAAGCUGAAGUCUUUUUGUAUCAGAUCUCCUUGAGGCAGCUUUCUGUUGAAUAAAGCAGACAGAUUUCUGUCCACAAAGCAUAUCUCAGUGUUUGUACCCUGAAAACAUUUCAAACGUGUCCAGGAGUGCGGCGGGAUUUCAAAGAUCUGAAUAAUUAUAAGGAUGAAUAACUCUAAAUUUAGUCCAAAGUUAUUUUACAUAAUGCCUUUAAAAGCGACGUUUUCAUUCCAUCUGUAGGUUUGUUUUCUAUCUUUAUAAAAUGUUGGAUUUAUAUUUUACCGAAGUCUAGAAGAAUAGAGCCUGUGAAUAGACCAAACUAAGCUAAUGAACCGCAUGUAAUUCGCUACUUGUACCUGUGUUUGUUUCUAUUGCUCUUUUGUAGCCUUUGUACCUGUACAGUCGCAGUCAGAACGGCUUAGGGGGCUCAGAGGUCGGGGGCGGGUGGGGGCGC